AUGGAGCGUAAGCCAGAAUCCCCUGUUCAUCCACGCAUUGCGGAAACUAAGCUGAGCGAAACACCUCUUGCACGAAAGGCCACUAGCACGGAUGCAUAUCUUCAAGGCAACACCAAUGCCCGACGCAAGGCUGUCAUCGAAGACAUUGGCGAGACGAUCCCCGAGGUCUCUGUGAAAUACUUCUUAGAGGCCCUCGUUCCUCAACUGCGCAGGGGCCUGAGUGUUGACAAGACGAUCAAGAAGCUGAAAUUGAAAGGAGAUAUCACUCCUGAUGGACAUUGGGCACUGUUCUCUGUCAGCCCCGGAAAGGCGGAGCCUGUAGAGGAUGUUUACUUUCAGCCACUCGUCGACGUGGCAAAAAGCAUCGUCUCCCAAAGUGGCGGUAACGCCAACAGCCAGCUUUUGACGCUGGUUCAACGUCCCCGCGAGAAGCCGAUGGCAUACGUGAGGUCAUCGGAGACCAAGCCUGAUGGCUGCUUCGUGUUGAAGAGCAAAACACCUGAUGCUGCGCGUCUCCGGUGGCAAGACAUGGCACUUUGUGCGGAGUACAAGAAGCAGGACCGGCUGAAGGACAGGGACGACAAUGUAGCCAAGGUACUGUGGAGCAUGCACCAAUGCAUGCGUGAGGACGCAAGACAUCGGUUUGUCUAUGGCAUGACGAUCGAGAACGAGACGAUGCGGUUGUGGUUCUCGAGUCGCGCGGACACCUUCGUGAGUAAGGAGAUCAACUGGCGGACAGAUCACGAGACGGUUGUGCACUUCUUUCUAGCCAUGAUGUAUGCCAAUGAAGCAGAGGUCGGCUGGGAUCCCACAAUCGCAUAUGUCCUCCAGGAUGGCGAAUUCGUCCCCGGAGAAGACGGCGCUCCACAACUGGAGAUUUGUGUUCAAGACGAGAGUGGUAAACCCGACGUGUGGUAUCGUACACACAGAGUUCUUGCAGACCACGGUGCGCACGGCGGGCCGGGACGCGGGACGCGUGUGUGGGAAGCAUACGAGUUGACAGGGCAGCAUGGGGAGAAGCGGGGCAAUCCCAUUGCUCUGAAAGACUCGUGGAUCGACCACGACCGACCAAAAGAAGGGCACACCAUGGAAGAGAUCCACGCCUCAGUUAAAGAAUCCAACCCGGAGGACUAUCAUUUACUUCAAAAAUCCCUCCUCACGGUCUUGCGUCAUGGAACCGUUUCCGUGAAGAUAGGAAGACGGUGGGAGGUAGAUCACACCCGGGACUUGAUGAGGCGGGAACUAGACCCUUCGUCUGACUACGGAAGUUUCAAGCUCCGAGAACUGCGUGAGGACGGCAUCAGUAGCGAGAACAUCGAGAACACGGAAUCAAAUUUCCCAUCGAAUGCUGGCACGGGGCACCAUCGUUCACAUGCACCGCAACAGAGGCCCUCAACUCCGGCGCCUCGUUUGCACCAUCCGCGUGUGCACUAUCGCAUUGUCUUCAAAGAGGUUUGCGUUCGUAUAUGCGACCUGACGUCACUGGAAGACAUAUUCCAUGUCUUGAUCGACGCUCUCAUCGUCCUGAUUGUUAUACAUGGUGCCGGUUGGGUACAUCGUGAUAUCAGUUCUGGCAACGUGCUCGCAGAACGGCUCCCCGAUGGUACAAUUAGAGGGAAGGUGAAUGAUUUCGAAUAUGCAAUGAGGUUUGGCGAUACUCAGAGUGAGCCUCAUGAGAUGCGUACAGGCACGGAAGACUUCAUGGCGGUUGAAGUGGACGCCAUGAGAUAUUCAUUCUUCAACAACCAGCCCGUGGCCACACGGAGCAAUGCUAGCAGAUUGCCUUUAGGCCAACUCGGGGUUGCGGCCCACCAGGGGCAUCGCGGACAAAACCAGACCCCUGCAGAUGCGAAGCCAGACCAGCCUGUCUCGAAGCGUCCGGCCUUUCAGUACAACCCUCUGCAUGAUGUCGAAUCUCUCUGGUGGCUGUGCACAUACUUUGUGUUCAACAAGGUGAUCGUCCUUGUCAACGGCGUGGGGCCGUCGAUGGAUGCCGGGCUGGAGGGAAGCUAUAACAAGCAGCUAUCGUAUGCAUUACAACUGUUCUGGACCCGAGAUGGGAGACUACGGGCCAUGACAAGACCAGAAGAGUUUCAAAACGAAGUCAUUCAUCUUCACGCAGUUGUACGGACAGCCGGUUAUCUCCUCGACAAGAUGAGACACCUAUUGCAGGAUGAAUACAAACACAUCGAAGAGACACUCGCUCCCAUCACUAAAAAGGUCGCAUUCGACACUUCCAUGGAGAUGGUGUUCGAAUUAGGAAACAUCGUGGCAAGCGUUGGAGGGCUCACAAUCGGCGAAUUCAAGGAUGAUCCGCGACGGGGCUAUCUUGCGAACAAGACUGCCAACACUGCCCUCAGCCCGGACCAGAUUAGUCCUCCUAUGACGAAGACAGAAGGGAAGCGGGCUAUGAUUGAAGAGGCCUCCAAUCUUGAUGAAUCCGAUGACGAAGCGCUGGAGUUGGAACCUAUUAUGCCACUCUUUCAUGAAGAACAAACCACGCGGGAUGCAAGCCCUUCUCCCAGACCGUUUUCAACGUUACAGCCGUGGGAUCUGAAGGGUGAGAUGGAAUCUAUUAUGCCACCCUUCUUUGGAGAAGAAGUAACACGGGAUGCGAGCCCUUCUCCCGGACCGUCUUCAGUGCCACAGCCGUCAGGUCUGAAGGGUCGGACAACCUCUAAAUUGAAGUCAAUGCUGAAGCUUAAGCCGAAGACGAAGGGGAAAUGA